AUGUAUGAGAACCCCCGUGAACGUCAGCUGCCGCUCCUUUGCUCGAGCUGUGGCGACCACGUGUACGAGUACUGCUCCAUCCACGGACGCCUUCUGGUCAUUCCCGACGAUGAGGUGCCCUCUCCAACGGGGCCGCCCCCGCCCCUCGUCCCGCGCGCCGCCCUGUCCCUCCCCCGCGCCUUCCUGCACCUGGCUCCGUCCACCAUACCAGGUGCAGGGCUAGGAGUGUUCAGUACGCUGACGCUGCCCGCAGGGGUCCGCUUUGGGCCCUACCGCGGCCUGAAGACCCAGGCCGUGACCUCGUCCUAUUGUUGGCAGAUUUUCGACCGCGAGCGCAAACCGUCACACGUUCUGGACGCGCGCGACGCCAACAAGUCCAACUGGAUGCGCUACGUUAACUGCUCGCGACACUUUAGCGAGCAGAACCUUGUGGCGUUUCAGUACCGGGGCCAGCUGUACUACAGGCGAGUACUGGACUAGCACGAGUACUAGAUACAUCACAAGUCCAACUGGAUGCGCUACGUUAACUGCUCGCGGCACUUUAGCGAGCAGAACCUUGUGGCGUUUCAGUACCGGGGCCAGCUGUACUACAGGCGAGUACUGGACUAGCACGAGUACUAGAUACAUCACAAGUCCAACUGGAUGCGCUACGUUAACUGCUCGCGGCACUUUAGCGAGCAGAACCUUGUGGCGUUUCAGUACCGGGGCCAGCUGUACUACAGGCGAGUACUA